AAAGGCUUUCUGAAGCUACGCAGGGUGAAACUGAAAGGAGGGACCUCGUGCUACCGGGUCUCUCUGGUGAGAACAGGUGACAUGGAGUGAGAGAGCAUCCUGUGUCCAUUCUGGUGAGUUGCUGCCAAGAACUUUGGGUUUCUCUGGGAGGAGGAAGGGAAACUGAGAAGGUCUUUGGAUCUGGUGGCUGGCUUUCUUGCUCAUGGCUUCACCCAGCAGCCUCGGGGGUGACUGCUCCCAUAUCAUCAAUCACAGCCAUGUCCCAGAGUUCGAAGUGGCUACCUGGAUCAAAAUCACCCUCAUCCUGGUGUACCUGGUCAUCUUCGUGGCGGGCAUCUUGGGGAAUAGCAUCACAAUUCAUGUCACCCAGCUGCUGCAGAAGAAAGGCUACUUGCAGAAGGAGGUCACAGAUCACAUGGUGAGCCUAGCUUGCUCGGACAUCUUGGUCUUCCUCAUUGGCAUGCCCAUGGAGUUCUACAGCAUCAUCUGGAACCCGCUGACCACACCCAGCUAUGCCCUGCCCUGUAAGCUUCACACGUUCCUCUUUGAGGCCUGUAGCUAUGCCACGCUGCUGCAUAUCCUGACACUGAGCUUCGAGCGCUAUUUUGCCAUCUGCCACCCAUUCAGGUAUAAGGCCGUGUCAGGGCCCUGCCAGGUGAAGCUGCUGAUUGGUUUCGUCUGGGUCACCUCCACCCUGGUGGCAUUGCCCUUGCUUUUUGCCAUGGGUACUGAGUACCCCCUGGUGAUUGUGCCCAGCCACAGGGGUCUCACUUGCAACCUCUCCCUCACCCGCCACCACAAGGAGCCCGAGAUCUCCAACAUGUCCAUCUGUACCAACCUCUCCAGCCGCUGGACGGUGUACCAAUCCAGCAUCUUCGUUGCCUUCAUCAUUUACCUUGUGGUCCUGGUUUCUGUGGCCUUCAUGUGCUGGAACAUGAUGCAGGUGCUCAAGAGGAGCAAGCAGGGCCCGCUGGCCGGGAAGGGGUGGCAGCCGCAGCUGAGGAAGUCGGAGAGUGAGGACAGCAGGAUAGCCAGGAGGCAGACCAUUAUCUUUCUGAGGCUGAUCGUGGUGACAUUAGCCGUGUGCUGGAUGCCAAACCAGAUUCGCAGGAUCCUGGCCGCGGCCAAACCCAAGCACGACUGGACCAAGGCCUACUUCCAGGCAUACAUGAUCCUGCUGCCCUUCGCAGACACCUUCUUCUACCUCAGCUCCGUGGUCAACCCACUGCUGUACAACGUGUCCUCGCAGCAGUUCCGCAGCGUGUUCAUGCAGGUGCUGCGCUGCCGCCUGACACUGCAGCACGCCAACUACAAGAAGCAGAUUCGCGUCUCCACCGACAGCCCCCGCUCCGCCCGCCCGUUGAUCUUCACAUCUUCCUGGCGCCACUCGUCUGCAAGGAGAACUAACAAGGGUUUUUUAAGCACUUUCCAGAGUGAGGCCAAAGCCGACCCUAAGCCCUCGCCAUUGAGUCUCAAUUCACUGGAGCCCAACUCCGAGACAGAACCAGUGGAGGCCGCUGCAGAAGCCAAUUCUACUGCAGAGAAUGGUCUCCAGGAGCAUGAAGUGUAA